CUAGAUCACGGCUCGCGGCGUUGCGGUUGGUCUUACUUGCACACAAAGUCCAAAUUAGUUCAAUGAAAGCAUUCGAAAUCGACUCUUGUGAAUCCAUUGAAUUCAAAUUUGAGGCGAGCAUUAAAGACAAGCGACAGUGUAUUUGAAGAGCAUACUGCAACAUUCUGACCACAUCUCCUACCCCACCACCCUUCUUUCUGCACCCAGUUAAGUUAAUCCGUCAUUUAUUGUGUUAUUCAUCUGUCACCUUCAUUGUCAUCUUCUUCUCACACCCAAGCCAAGAUUCUCAUUUCUCUACUCACAUUUUCCUUUUUCAACAUUUCCUCAAUUAAGGGGCAAAUAAUUUCAUUCUUCACAUGUAUGCUGUUGGAGACCAAAUAGAAUAUAGAAUAAACUUUUCUUAAAAUUCUUUCGAAUUGCUGCCCGUCGAUACUCAAAAGGCAAGAGCAAGAAAUGUGAAGAAACUCCCUUUUUAUCUCAAUGGAGAUUUAAUCUUUGAAAUGGGGGAAAAGAAGAAGACGAAAGAGACGCCGGCGACAGUUUGGUUUUCACUAAAGAGGUCCCUGCACUGCAAAUCAGAGCCGUCGGAUGUGCACAAUCCGAAGACGAGGAAGCAGCUGAGCUCAAUCCUGACAAGAAAAUCGGGCAGAUCGGGUUGUUCGAGGUCGAUUGCGAAUUUGAAAGAUGUGAUUCACGGCAGCAAACGGCACCUCGAGCGGCCCCCCAGCUGCAGCCCGAGAUCCAUCGGAAGCAGCGAGUUCCUCAACCCCAUAGCCCAUGAGGUCAUCUUGAGUAACACCACCUGCGAGCUCAAGAUCACCGGCUUCAGCGGCGCCGCCGCCGCCGGUGAAAGUGGCGGUGGGUCUACGUAUGUUGGGACGUUGAGGCCCGGGACGCCUGGCCCCGGAGGCCACCCCACGAUGCAUUACUUCAAUCCCUCCUUCAGGAACUCUACUGCUACUCCGCCUAGAAAGGAGGGCCUGCCGCCGCAGAAACGCCCCUCCUUUGAGAAAGACGGUGGCGUCACGUGUCACAAGUGUGGAGAGCAUUUUGCAAAGUGGGAAACUCUUGAGUCGCAUCACCUUUCCAAGCAUGCUGUAACUGAACUAGUGGAGGGGGAUUCAUCAAGGAAGAUAGUAGAGAUAAUCUGCAGAUCGAGCUGGCUAAAAUCAGAGAGCCAUUGUGUUAGAAUCGAUAGGGUUGUGAAAGUGCACAAUAUGCAGAAGACCCUAGCUCGAUUCGAGGAUUACAGGGAGAGCGUGAAGGCCAAGGCCAGCAAGCUCCCCAAGAAGCACCCUCGUUGCCUAGCCGAUGGGAACGAGCUCUUGAGGUUCCACGGAACCACGCUAGCUUGCUCCCUCGGCCUAAAUGGCUCCUCCAGCCUCUGCCUCUCGGAGAAAUGCAGCGUGUGCUGUAUCAUCAGAGAGGGAUUCUCGACCAAGAGGGAGAUCAAAGGCGGGGUUGGAGUUUUCACGACCUCCACGAGUGGGAGGGCGUUCGAGUCCAUUGAGAUGCAGGAUGGGGAGGAGGAUCCUUGUGUUAGGAAGGCCUUGAUUGUUUGCAGGGUCAUCGCGGGGAGGGUGCAUCGCCCUCUGGAAAACAUCGGGGACAUUGCAGGGCAGACGGGGUUCGACUCUCUGGCCGGGAAAGUGGGUCUCUACUCCAACAUUGAGGAGCUUUACUUGCUCAAUCAUAAGGCUCUUCUGCCUUGCUUUGUGGUUAUUUGCAAGACCUGAGGUUAUGUUGUUAGGCAAGAUUUUGGUGUGAGGCAAAUGUUUCAUUGUUUGUAAUCCAGAAAUUAAAUGAUGAUAUAUGCGAGCAAGAGCAGCAGCUUGUGCUCUGCUUAUUGGCUUCA